AUGAUGUGGUGGGCUGUAUGUUGCGUGGUGGUAGCGGUUGGCACCAUGUGUGCGGAAGCAGCACCGGCAUCCAGUGAAAUAUCACACGCCAUCGAUUGGACUCAGUUGGAACCGGCUCCAGACGACGAAGUUGUCGAGUACGCUUCUCCAGGCCGUUACCCAUCCGCGCCGUGGCUCUACCUUCUCGCCGAAGUGCCCCACGAGACGCAGGUACCGGUAAGGUCGCGUCGUGCGAUGACUGUGUCCGUCAACCCGGCGGUGGAAUUGCUGCAGCGAGAAGCGUACAAUAGCUUUAUGGACAGGCAGGUGCACGCGAACCGGGAUUUCUUGAACUGCAUCGGCAAGAGAGAUCCCUGGAGCAACCCCGACUGCAAGAUGAAGGCCUAA